AUGAAGCUGAACAUGUUAGCACGGCCUUUACACUGGGGCCUCCUGCUUCUUUGUAUAGUAAGCCUCUGCAGCCCGCUAGUGUCCACUGGCAACCGAAGCUCCAGAGGACAGACAGGGUCAUCACAGGAGAGGACGGGGACUUGCGAAGUGGUUGCUGCUCAUCGUUGCUGCAAUAGGAACAAGAUUGAAGAACGCUCUCAAACAGUCAAGUGCUCCUGUUUCCCAGGACAGGUAGCAGGGACAACAAGGGCUCUACCCUCUUGUGUUGAAGCCUCUAUUGUGCGUCAGAAGUGGUGGUGUAAAAUGGAGCCGUGCCUGGAGGGGGAGGAGUGCCGAGUUCUCCCUGACCUUACUGGCUGGUCAUGCAUCUCUGGGAACAAAGUAAAGACCACUAAGUCUAAAAAAAACCACAAUACCCUCCAAACUCUAUGGAGCAUUGCUCUCACAGCUUACUACCCACUGCACACCAUUUUGUGUGAAAUCAAAAGCUUGACAGGGCUGUUGUGCCUAGUGACGGUUGCUAAGCUAUGGUGGCGCGAUAGCAAGACGGAGGCUUCAUCUAAUCAGGACGUGCCCGUCUGGUCUUUAGUGGUCACUUGA